AUGGCCUUUAACCAUCCAAAAUCCUUUGUUAUGCCACUGUUACUCAUAACAAACUUGUUAAUUCUGUUGAGCUACAACACCACUUUCCCAGCAGAGGCACGCCAUCUUUUGCAGACAACUUUGCCAGAGCUUCCUGAUCAACCCGAAUUACCGGAGCUUCCUGAUCAACCCGAAUUACCGGAGCUUCCUGAUCAACCCGAAUUACCGGAGCUUCCGGAUUUUUCCAGUUUUCCAUUGCCUGAGCUGCCAGCGGGAGGACUGCCCAAGUUCGAGUUCCCGCCGUUACCUUUCUUCCCGAAUUUUCCUAACCAAAAAUUGCCAACACUUGGCAAAGAUCACUUGCCUGCUUCCACGGAACCACACUCAGCUGCCACCAUUCCUUGA